AGCAUGUUAAGCUAUUUGUUAUACAUAUUAGUUGUGAUUAUAAUGCAUGAACUACCAAGAACAAUAAAUGUUUAUCCUGCAUAAAUCAAAAAUACGUCGAGACUAAAGCAACAACAGUGACUGAAAGUUGUUAUCGAAAUUAUUUCAUAAACUUGAUAGCACAAGAAUCCGAAUUCGAAAAGGCUUUCAAAUGACGUCUAAUCAAGGAUUUGAGUCAGGAGUAGAAUUGACAAACUACAACAAAAGCAAUCCUUUAGGCGAGUAUGCAGAACCAGAGCAUGAUAAUAAAACCAAUCAGAAUGGAAAGAGUGAUACUUGGGGACACAAGGCUGAAUUUCUUCUAGCUUCCAUUGGUUUGGCAGUUGGUUUAGGAAAUGUCUGGAGAUUUCCAUAUUUGUGUCAACGAAAUGGAGGAGGAGCAUUUCUUAUACCAUACCUAAUCUUCAUGUUUAUCGAAGGAAUUCCCCUCAUGUUACUUGAGUUUGCAAUUGGAAAAAUGAGAUGUACAGCCCUUAAAGUGUGGAAGGACAUUCAUCCAGCGUUGUUUGGCGUUGGAAUUGGUUGUAUUUUGGUUUCAUUGCUCCUAUGCAUGUAUUACAUCAUUGUUAUUGCAUGGUGUCUGUUUUAUCUCUUUGUUUCAAUGCAAAAAAAUCUUCCAUGGGCAUCAGAAGAAGUUUGCGGUAAUACAACACAUUCGGAAUACGCUCAAUUGAUAAAAACCCGUGAUUAUUGGAAAAGUAAUUAUACUUCUUUGAACAUGAGCGAUUUAACAAAAAAUUACUCCAGAAAUAUGUAUUACUAUGCGAAGCAAAGAGUCGACAACUAUUCAAGUUGUUGUGUUAUUGAUCCACCACAAUGGUAUUUUUAUACAAAAGUGUUAGAUAUUUCAACAGACAUUGAAGAUUACAGCGUUGGUUUAAACGGAAAGCUUGUUGGCUGUCUCGCUCUUGCCUGGUUGAUUGUUUAUCUUUGUGUUGUAAAAGGAAUCAAGUCCAGUGGAAAAGUUGUAUAUUUCACUGCAACAUUCCCGUACAUCAUUCUUAUUAUUCUCAUGAUCCGUGGAGUAACUUUAGAUGGUGCAAAAGAAGGUUUAGAAACAUUUUUUACUCCAGAUUGGGAUCGAUUGAAAGAUGUACAAGUGUGGAGAGAUGCAGCAACCCAAAUGUUCUUCACUUUAAGUUUAGCAUUUGGUGCACUGACUGUAUUCGCAAGUUACAUGCCUUAUCAUAACCAAUGUAUAAAUGAUGGAUACCUAGUGGUAUUUGUUAACUGUGGAACUUCGUUAUUUGCUGGAAUUGUUGUAUUUUCCAUUCUUGGAUAUCGAGAACUGAAAACUGGAAUACCUGCAGACAAGGUUGGAAGUGGACCUGGUCUCGCUUUUAUGGCAUUUUCAGAUGCUAUUUUAAAGAUGGAUGCAUCUCCAGUUUGGGCAAUAUUGUUUUUCCUUAUGCUGGUGUUGUUGGGUAUUGACAGUGAAUUCGGGACACUUGAAGCCGUUAUCGGACCUUUAAUUGAACUUGGAGUUAUCCCAAAAAAGUGGAGAAAAGAACUCGUAACUGCCAUUAUUGUUUUCGUUCUUUUUUUGAUUGGAUUGGCUAUGGUGGCGGGAAAUGGUUUCUACGUUUUUCAAAUUUUUGAUGACUAUGCAGCUGGGAUUGCACUCCUUGUAAUUGCUCUGUUCCAAUGUAUUGGUGUUGCAUGGAUUUAUGGGAACGAAAGAUUUGCCGAUGACAUUGAAGAUAUGACUGGUAAACGGCCUUGGAUUGGUUGGAGGAUAUGCUGGAAAUAUAUUUCACCUAUUGCAUUGUUCCUUAUACUUGUUGUAACUGUUUAUGACUUGACAAAGGAUACGGCAAAAUAUCAAGCAUUUGUUGGUUGUAAACAGAGCCCAUUUUCUUCCAAGUAUCCAGGCAACGACAAUUGGACAACUGCACUUGAUCAUCCUGGUUGGUCACAGUUUUUGUGUGCCUUAAUGGUUCUCAUACCGACAGCACCAAUAAUUUUCUUCGUAAUUUAUCGUUCUGGCUACUAGUUUCUUAUGACAUUUCUGCAGUAGUUGCAUGGCAAGUUUAUCUUUAGCUGUAAAAACAAUUUAUAUUCAUACACGUUUUUACAAGAGAUAACAUUUAUUUUAGUUAUAUGAUUCACGUACUUAAAAACAUUUUGUUAAUUCUUAUGUAAAACAUAUAGGUAUAAAAAUGUACUUCAACCUGCGGCUACUCUUCAUUAUCAUAAGUAUUUCACGAUAUCUCGAUAUUAACUUUUUUGCUUUUUUUCUUUUAAAGUGAUCCAGGACAACUUUUUUAUAAAAACAGCAAUACUUUUCUGACUUUAUCAUACCAUAAAAUACAUAAUUUUUAGAGGUGA